AUGGAUGAGUUUAAAGAUCUCAAUCAUUUUAUUGACCAAGCUAUGGCGGCGUCCUGGCCGUUAUUCACGAUCGCGACAAUUGUGUUUGGCAUGCGAACGAUUUCGCGUAUCUUUUUCACCGAGGCCUCUAUUGGCUGGGAGGACUACAUCAUUUCCGUUUCAUGGGUUUUCGACGUUGUCCGGAUGGUCACUUUCCAAUUAGCACUCAGCGCAACUCGUCGAGUCGAUCCGUCCAAUCUGCCCCAGACUGUCCCUGACGCGACCUUCUGGGGCCUGUUCACCGACGCGUGGGCUUUUCUCAGUGUCACGCUGCCAAAAGUUGGCGUGGCAUUCCUCCUCAUCCGGAUCUUCCGACCGAAGCCUUGGGCUCGUGCGACGAUCAUGUCGUUGGCUCUUGGGCUCUUUGCCGUUUGCAUUGCUGGCUUCUUCAUCUGCUUCGUCCAGUGCAACCCGAUCGCCGGACAGUGGAACCCGUACAAGUAUCCAGACACGAAAUGUUGGCCGCGAAAUGUGCAAAUCAUUUAUGCCCUUGUGGGGAGCUCUUCCUCGGCAGCUCUGGAUCUCGGAUUUGCGAUCUAUCCAGGCUUCAUCAUCUGGAAUUUGCAGCUGCCGCGGUGGAAGAAGCUCAGCACGAUAGGGUUCAUGGGUCUGGGCAUAGCGGCUUUCGCUUUUGCAGUCGUCAAAGUCUCUUCCAAUGCGACCCUCCUCGGGAAGCCGACGCUGAAUGAGCUGUACACGAGAGCACUCCACAUCGGCCUUUGGAAUAGCAUCGAGAACGAGUUUGUGCUCAUUGCCGCGUGUCUACCCUCGGUCCGGCCGCUGCUGAAGGCCUGCGGAGUCUUCACGCGGGCUCGCGUAAGUCACAUCGCAGCGACCAAACCCUCGGUACCCAAGUCGAGCGCGGAGUCGCAGCGAUCGCUCAAUGGCAGUAGCAGCCAUGUAGCCCUCGACAGCGAGCAUGCGCUAGAGCUAGCACGGAACAAGCAGCCUUCACGGUCGAUGAGCCAAUCGAUCCAGGUUCAAUAUGACUUUUCACUGCAACGCGAGCGGACCGAGCUGGGGGGGUUGAAGCUGCCAAGCUACAACUUCGAGGUAAACUGACGGAAGGAGGGCUGGUCGCGGGGAAUGAUUAGCGAUUUCGCAUUGGGAUUCAGAAGACGGGCUGCAAUGUACCGAACGGGUACGAGUGUAUGCAUGCAAUACUAGAAGGAUGCGACAGCGAGGUCUGCGUGUCCGAGGUCUGCGUGUCCGAGGUCUGCGUGUCCGAUGCCUGCGGCUGACGGCGCUUCUGCGCCCACGGACUUUGACGUGCAGCAUCAGUCAGAGUCCGUAGCUAGCGAAAUCCGACAACGGCGGGCUUUCCUCGCCCCAUGUAAAGAGUGCCCUCGACCUCUAUAGUGCUGAGUCCACUGCCCGUGCCACGACCGGUCUUCCGUAACCGCUGGAAGAUGCUUGCUGUUGGGUCGCUGAUGUCCGGCGUCGCACGAGACCCGGCGGGCGGCAUCGACAUUGGCGAUCUGGUUGGGCCGAGGAGCACAGUGAUCGUCUCUGUGACGAGUCGCGUCGUGUAGAGGGCCAUGAGGGCAUGGCGUUGGAU